UGCAGCCGAAGCAGAAGAGAAGCAGUCAGGCAGCCAGCGCUUCUCAACGGGGGGUUUAAAAGAGAAACUAGCCCAACUGUUCGUUCUGGACCGCCGAACACACCCCCUUAACUUAAUACAGUUGUGAACAAUUAGCAUUAUUAGCUAGUCUUGGCCUCUGUCGUCAGUAUUAGAGGCGAAUAGAUAAAAAAGCGAGGAUGUUGGUCCCCGCGGGAAGAUAAUGAAGAAGCUGCGCGUGUUGUUGCUGUGCGCCGUUUUAGCUCUCCUGUGCUGGCACUCUUGUCAUCAUGUUUAUUGUUCAGAAGAGAUCUCCUCUGGCCCAGGACUCCCAGCACAGGAUGACAGCCGUUACACAGCGCAGGAACCAGGGGCCGACGACAAGGUUGAAGAGGAAAGGGCGACACACACGCAGUCAUCGUACGACGUGGGUCUGGAGACAGAGAGAGCUGCACUAAAGGAAACAUCAUUGCACUCACAAGACGCCCUGCACGAAGAGAAGCACAAACAGACUGUGAAUUUGGAAGAAGUUUUGGAGGAGCCGCAGAUUCAGCUUGAGUCUGCUCUCCCUGAGCUAGAACAACAACAACAACAACAGCAGCAGGAGCAGCAACCAGAACCCCAGAGCACCCAACAAUCAGACCAACAACAGUCAGCUCAGCCACCAACACUUACACAGCCCCAAACAGCACCGCCACUCUCCCAGCCCCAGCCAGACCCUGAAACUCUACAGGCCACUGCCACAGAAGAUCAGGGUGCCCACGCCUCCGCUGCUUUAACCCCCCCACAGACUGACCCACAUGGAGAAGACCCGUCUGCACCUCCUGCUGAACUCCAGAAGAGCCCAGAGUCAGCCUCACCUACCUCAGUCACCUCCUCCGAGAGCUCCUCCAGUGGACUAGAUGUUCCGCGUCCUGAUGCCCCUGUAGAGAACUCUAGUGCCAGUCAGUGUGAGGUGGGCCCUAAGAGCGUGGUGGACCAUGAGGGAGCUACAGACCCUCCUGUACCCAGUAAAGAGGACAUCCCCACUUUUGAUGAGUGGAAGAAGAAAGUGGUGGACCAUGAGGGAGCUACAGACCCUCCUGUACCCAGUAAAGAGGACAUCCCCACUUUUGAUGAGUGGAAGAAGAAAGUGAUGGAAGUAGAGGAGAAGAAAAGUCAGUCUCUGCACACUUCAUCAAAUGGCAGCCCUCAUCCAGUCAAAAAGGUCCAAAAGAAUUUCAAGAAUAACUACGCUUCUGUCGAAUGCGGGGCCAAAAUCCUCUCGGCCAACAAUGAGGCCAAGAGCACAUCUGCCAUCUUGAUGGAGAACAUGGAUCUGUACAUGCUGAACCCCUGCAGUACCAAGAUGGCAAUCAUUCUGAUUUCUAAAAAGAAAUCAGAUUGUGAUAAUUGUGAUUAUAUUUAAAUUUUUAAUUUUUUUUUGUAGGUUGAGCUACUCUCCCACUUUGGCUCUGAACACUUCUGUCCACUCAGCCUGAUCAGGGUGUUUGGCACCAGUAUGGUGGAGGAGUAUGAUGAGAUAGCUGACUCUCAGUACACGUCAGAGAGAGCCGAGUAUCUGGAUGAAGACUAUGAUUACCCACUCGGCUACCUGCCGUCAGAGGACAAGACAUCGAAGAAUCUGCUGGGCUCUGCUACAAACGCCAUCCUGAACAUGGUAAACAACAUUGCAGCAAAUGUGCUAGGAGGGAAACCAGAACUAGAGGACGGAGCUGAAAUGGAAGGAAACAUUUCCUCUGGGACAGAAAACGUCACCCAGACGUCAACAGAAACCACACUCACGCCAGAACCUACUGAACAGCCCUCUACGCUGGAUGUUCUUGAGCUGGAUCCCACUCUAGUGAAGGAUGACUUAGAGGUUCCUGUUCCUGAGGCUCCUUCAGAACCUCCACCUGAGGAGAGCCGUAUCGUCAUCCUCAUCGAGGAGGACGAAGAGGCCACUCAGCCAACGGUGACCCUGCUGGAGGAGGAGCAAGAGGAGGAGAAAAGUACAGAGGAGAUGUGGGAGCGGGAGAGCGCCACAUACUGCAGCCACCUCUCCACUUUGUCCUGUUUGGCAUCUUUGCACGAACACUUCUGCUGCUACUGUUCAGCAGCAUUAGCACUACAGCGCCAGCAUAGAGACCAGCGCCACAAAGCACAGCACACACACACCGACACAGACACUCAAACCACCCCUCAGCAGUCCCUCCCUGACACCACCCCAACCCAAGAGCCCGCUGUGCCCUCUGAGAAACUUCCAGAAACAGAGCAGCCCUCUCAGGCACAAGCUGAGAGGAUUUCCCCUACUGAAACGGUGGCUUCUCUGCCUCAGUCCUCCAGUGGGGAAUCUGCAGUCACAGAUCAGGAGCUCCCACCUGAGACCAUUCUGCUAGAGCCCAGUCGUACCUCCACCCUUCCCCCACACAGCUUCUCCGACACCCCCACCCAAAACAUCCCAGAGUCCCUACCCACGGGAGAGCCCGUGGACCAGCGUCCGCAGUACCUGGAGGACAUCCCAGAAACCCGUACGCCUGUCAGCACCACCAGCAGCCUCCUCUCUCCCAGUGCCGCCGCCUCUCCGCUCUCUUCCACCACCACCACUGAACCACACAGCCCAGAGACGGACCCUCCCAAAUUGGAGCUCCCCGUCGCCACCAAAGAGCAGACGGUUCAGCCAUUGCCCACCCACACUCGCCCCGCUGAUAUCCCACCUCCUACUGAACUUCCCAUCCCGCUUCCAGAAGCCUCGGAUAUCGGCAGGACUGCAGGGGUUGAAGAUCCUCACCACAGUGCUGUGGCCUCCCAGCCAGAGCUUUCUGAAGCCCCUCUGUCUCAACAAGAGGAGACUGUUGAUGACAUUCUGCUACCGCACCGCACCGUCGGAGAGUUUUACGCAGAGCAGCAGCAUUCGGCAGAAAUGGGCCACGGGAAUGGAAACGGCAAUGGGAAUCAGGUGCACGGAUCCAACCAGAAGGAAUCGGUGUUCAUGAGAUUGAAUAACAGGAUUAAAGCACUAGAAAUGAACAUGUCCCUCAGCAGCAGAUACCUGGAGGAGCUCAGCCAGAGGUAUCGUAAACAGAUGGAGGAGAUGCAACGGGCUUUCAACAAGACCAUCAUCAAACUGCAGAACACCUCCAGAAUCGCAGAAGAGCAGGACCAGAAACAGACAGAGUCUAUACAGAUGUUACAGAGCCAGCUGGAGAAUGCCACCAGGAUCAUGCUGAACCUGUCUGCCACAGUUGCUCAGCUACAGCGAGAGGUGUCUGACAGACAGAGUUACCUGGUGCUGUCUCUGAUCCUAUGUCUGACGCUGGGUCUGCUGCUCUGUAUGCAGUGCUGCAGGAGCUUGCCCAGUCACAACACCAGCUCAACCAUUCCCAUGAGCAACCACUACCCCAGCCCUAAGAGGUGUUUUUCCUCAUAUGAUGAUAUGAGUCUGAAACGGAGAGUUUCUUGUCCUCUCAUUCGUUCAAAGUCAUUUCAACUGCCCACGUCAGAAGUAGGUCCUGAUGACUUGUACAUUGUAGAACCUCUAAGGUUUUCUCCAGAGAAAAAGAAGAAACGCUGCAAGACAAAAGGAGGGGACAGAGUGGAGAUGCUCCAGGCCUCUGUCCCCUCAGCGACGAGUGUUAACGGUGAAACAUCAUUACCUUCUCUUCAAUUCCUGCCGUCAACGUGCAACGGCUAUGCAUCCACCUGCUCGUCCAGGGAUUGUGUGUCAGAGGGCAGCUCCGAGAGCUCCACUUCCACACUGUCUGAGGAGUCCUUCAGCAGCGCCCCCUCCAUGAACGGACAUGACCCCACCCUGUGCAACAGCGAGCCGCCGCCGGCCAAGAGCAAGAUGGAGAAGAGGUCUCUGAAACGCCGCAAGUCCAAGAACGCUGAGCAGCAGGAGGCCCGGUGCGUGGGGGAGACACUGCCACUUCCUGUGACCGUCACGCUGGAGGAGCUCAUGAAGAGAAAGGCAGACCUGGGCAUGGCCACAUUCGGAAGGACAGCUGUAACGGGACGAGUUUGAGUUUUCACGCCACCAUCUUACUUUUCUUAUUCCAGCUUUUCGAAAUUUCAUUGUGAGCGCUGAUCCUGACGCCGUCUUCACUACAUCCUGGUUCUCUGAACUUUGGUUAUGUGCCUUUUUUAUCCAGUCAGGAUCGUUUUGGGGUUUUUUUUUUAUUCUUCGGGGAACUUCUGACUGAUAAACAUUGGCAAGUAUGAAUGAGACUUGGUUUGAUGUUGCAGAGGUGGUGCUGCGUCACCGUGACCAGGAUUUUAGGCCGAUUUACAGAUGCCAGACCCACAACAUUCUAACAUGACCCUCAGGUCUCCAUUUCCUCUUUCUCUGUCCCUUUAAGGCUCACUCACUCUUUUUUUCCUUCCUGGUUGGAUAUGUAAUUGUAUAUGUGAGUGUGUGUGUGACUGUACGCCAGUCAUUGUCUGUGGUUGGUUUGUGGGACCAGUGAUGUCACAUAGCACAGGGUUUCAAUCCAGUGAACAGAGCUGAAUGAAAAACAGAUCCAGUCCAUGUUAAUUCUGUCAUUUUCUUUUAGAGUUUUAUUUUUUUUCCCUCUUUCUCUGCUAUUUGAAUCACGAUCUAGUUUGACCAAUGAGUCCAGGCUGGGCCUGAACACACACACACACACACACACACACACAUACAUUCAUAUAUCAACAUGUUCACAUUGUGACGCACCCAACAGCAUCUCAAGCAUGUUUACAGCUCAUUUUCUUCAUGUUCAGUGGAGCCGUCAUAAAACAAAGACAAAUUUUUACACGCUUUAAAUAUACACGGGGAGUUUGUAGGGGACAUUCUGUUAUUUUAGUGGUAAUUAUUUAUGUAUUUAUUUAUUUAAAUGUGACCUGGGCUCUAUGAGAUCACGGUCAUGUGAUAUAUGAGAUACAGUGGCCCCUCCAACCUCCAUGUAAGAGAUUUAUUACAGAUACACACAAAUGGUACGGACAACAUCUUCCUGUUCUCUAAAGUUUUCACACUCUGUGAUUUGAGAAAGCUGGAUUCAGCUUUUGACUUCUUAAACUUUUUUUUGCAUUCAAACUCUUUCUCUGCUAUUUGAAUCACGAUCUAGUUUGACCAAUGAGUCCAGGCUGGGCCUGAACACACACACACACACACACACACACACACACACAUACAUUCAUAUAUCAACAUGUUCACAUUGUGACGCACCCAACAGCAUCUCAAGCAUGUUUACAGCUCAUUUUCUUCAUGUUCAGUGGAGCCGUCAUAAAACAAAGACAAAUUUUUACACGCUUUAAAUAUACACGGGGAGUUUGUAGGGGACAUUCUGUUAUUUUAGUGGUAAUUAUUUAUGUAUUUAUUUAUUUAAAUGUGACCUGGGCUCUAUGAGAUCACGGUCAUGUGAUAUAUGAGAUACAGUGGCCCCUCCAACCUCCAUGUAAGAGAUUUAUUACAGAUACACACAAAUGGUACGGACAACAUCUUCCUGUUCUCUAAAGUUUUCACACUCUGUGAUUUGAGAAAGCUGGAUUCAGCUUUUGACUUCUUAAACUUUUUUUUGCAUUCAAAUCAAAUGAAGCAUCAGAUAAAUCCCCUCUAACGCUCGUAACAUCUGAUUGGCUCAGCUUCUGGCUGUGAUUUGCUCUUCCUCGCUGGAUCUGUUCAGACGAACUUUGCCUUUGGGUUACUAAAUUUGAGGUGAAUCGUAAAAACGGCCGAGCUCUCGUUGUUGUGCAAAUAUUAUGCAUAGUCCAGCAAAGCAACCGUCUGGUCUGUCCUACCUGUCAUGUACAUGUAAAGAUUGUGUGUGUGUGUGUGUGUGUCCAGCAUCUUCACUUUACACACUCCAUGUCCCUCUUAACACACUUUCUAUGUGUGUGUGUGUUCGCUCGCUGCUUUCUUAGUUGUUUUUAAUGCAUCCAAGAGACCAUUUGACAUCCCAGUAGAGUUUCUGUGUCAGAUCUGUGUGUUGUGUAAGAUUGUAAGCGUUUUCUUUCAUGCAGACGAUCCCAUCAUUGACCUUUAAUCAGACUGUGGGGUUUAAAGAAUGUGAAUUCACAUCACGAUUUCAAUAAAAGGGAAAGAUUGGGAUGGCGUGCGAUGGACCAUCUCUGUGAUUUCCAAGCUACAUGUUUCACUUUAAAAUGUUUCACUACCUUUCUCCUUUUUGAAUGGUAACUGAUAUAUGCUUGUGGAAUUUGUGGAUGUUUUCUCAUCAGUGUGUAUGUUGAUGAUUUUUUCCAGUACACCAGUGAGUAGAGACCGCUGCGUGUGUCUCUCCUGUGCACUUUGGAGAACUCCACAUUGUUUUUCUACACCACACCUUGUACAAGUGCUUUUUCGCCCCAGGCUUUCCUUAGUACGGCGCCCUCUAGUGGCGGAUGCCUGAUUUAUUUAAAUGUCCGCUAGGUGGCGCCCAAAUGAAAUCUCAUCAUCUGAGGACGAACUGCACAGUAUUUGAUUUUUUGUUUCUCCAAUUGUAACUACAGCAGUGUAGUGCCAUUAGAAACUGUGAAUUUAUAAAUAAAACACUUUGUUGUCUUUA